AUGACUCUGACGUUCCCACCCCGUCCAUCCCCCCCACGGCCGAGGAAACGCUGUCGGGCUGUGACAGACGUUGACGGUGAGUAUUCAUGUCUGCACAAGAAGAAGCGUAGGCUUCGCCUCUUCCUGAUCACCUCCCGACUAUCUCCCCAGUUCUCACACCCGGCCACCAACAUCGUUGACCGCGGAAGUUCCAAGAUUGCCGUAUGGGCAAAGCAAAGGGCCCUCGGACGGAACCUACUGCGUAAAGCCGCUAUCUUGAAUCGUAUUCGACGACAAGCGAUACAAGCUAAGGAGACAAAUGGAGGGCUUGGAAGAGUACUGGUGGAGCAAGAGCGAGAGCAGAAGCAACUUGAGUUGGCACGCUUAGCAUUUGUGUAUGGAAGUCACGACACGCACACAAGACCAGUGUUGCACAGGGUUCCCUCCGUGAGCCUUGGAGACCAUUUCGAGCUAUCAAGAGAUCCGGCAUCCGGACACUCUUCACCGACCCCAUCCUCACCGACAUCCAGUGAUGGUGGUGAAGAUGAGGCAUCAUCAUGUUCAUCACCCAACGACGCAUACUUCUAUGCGUCUCCACGUGCUCAGAGUCUUCGAAAGUCAUACAUUCCGUUACCGCCUUCGCCACUUGGGCUAUCCAACUACGAUGCUUUUGAUCUGGAAGACGAGAUCACAAACCCUUAUUCUCACUUAGACGAAGAAGAUGAAUUAGCAGACGACGAGAACAUGCACGAUGUAGAUUCUCGCUCACCGUCCGCAAACACCUCGGCUUCGUACUCGUCGACACUCUCGACCGUUGGUACAGGCCCCAGCGAGGCCGCAAAAACGCCUCCGCCAAUGUUCUACUCCGACUUCAGUAUCUUAGAUCCUGGAGAACCCGUCGUAGGAGACUACGACGGCGUUGAUGACGGCGCUGAGGCAAUAUGGCCGAGCGCCUUGGGCCAUGACAUUAAGAAAGGGGGCCCGUCAGUGGCUUCAUCGGUUGCACAGCCCUCCCUACUCCCGGCGUCUUCGUCGCCAAACUUCUCCGCGAUUUUCGCUACCGCGCCUUUGAAUGAUGCCGUUUCGGUUGGAACCAGCCUUGUCCCGGAUACUUCAGCUAUCGAUGCACUAGCUAAGAAGGAAGCGGAAAUUAAGGAGGAAAGAGCGCGACAGAAGAGCCUCAUGUUUCUGAAGUUCAACUCAUGA